AUAUUUGAAGCCGCCCUAACCUUUUGACCAAAAUUAAAAGGGCCCAAAAGAGAACAACUUGCAGGCUGCAGCAAUUUGUGACAAAUUCAUCACAAUUAGCGCUGAAAUAAGAUUAAUUAUUGACUUAAUUAUAAUAAUCUGACUGCCGAGACCAAGCUGAUGAAAACGAGUUCUCUUACAUUCCUCUACCAGCUACCCGUCCUAAUUCGAGCAACGAUAAAUUUCUCAAUCGAUACUGACAUUAGCUUCCACCAUCAUGGUUGCAGCCAUUGUUUCCCAAGUCCAGAGCCAGCUGGUUUCAUUCGCCACUGAAGAGCUUAAGAAACGUGGGAAGCUUGUCAUAGACGCAGAGAAAGAUGUCCAGAAGCUCAUAUCCACUUUCACCGCCAUCGAAGCUCUGCUGCUGGAUGCAGAGGAGAAGCAAUUGAAGAACGAAAGCAUCCGAGACUGGCUGAAGAAGCUCAAGGACGUGUCCUAUGAGAUCGAUGAUGUGCUGGACGAGUGGAGAACCGAGGUCCUCAAGCGUCGGCUCGAGGGAGACGAUGAUGCUUCCGGCGGCUGUUUGGAGUUGAAGCUGAUUCAGAUCGCUGAUGUUCUGAAACGAGUAUGCCCUUUUCUCCCUACUUAUUGUUUCUCCAUCGAUGAAAUUGGUCUUCGUUACGAUAUUGGCUCGAGGAUGAAAUAUUUGAAUGAACGUCUAGACGAUAUAGAUAAGGAGAAAAAACGGCACAAUUUAACUCCCAAGCAGACUGCUUCAUACUCAAGUUUGCCAACUAGUUCCGUUAUCAAUUCCUCUGACUUGAAGGUUAGACAAGGAGAGUUCGAAAUAUUGCAGGGCAAGUUAUUGGAUGACGGAAAUGAUCAAUUGGGUGUGAGAAGUAUCUCUAUCCAAGGCCUCGGUGGAUUUGGGAAGACCACAUUGGCCAAAAUGCUAUACAAUGAUAAGAAAGUGGAGGAUCAUUUCAGCAAAAGGAUCAAGUCGCUUAUGGAGGUCAAGAAGUUUCUUCUAGUUCUUGAUGAUGUGUGGGAAGAUAGUCAAAGCAAGUGGGAAGAACUAAUAAGUUCCGUUUCUCACGGAUUACCUGGAAGCAAAAUAUUGGUGACUACACGAAAAGAGGGUGUUUCUCACGUGUUUCGUUGUAUCAAGAAAGAUAUUUUUCCUUUACCAAAUAUAUCUGAUGGUGAAUGCCUGACUAUUUUCACACAAAUUGCAUUUUAUGGAUGGAGCGACGAGGAGAGAGAAUGUGUAGAAGAUCUAUGUGAGAGAGUAGUAGAAAAGUGUUCUGGUUCACCCCUUGCAGCAAAAGUUUUGGGAGGGGUACUACAUGUGAAAAAGUCUAAAAGGGAUUGGAUUCAGCUUUUGGGAAGUGAAAUGUGGCAGAUAGAGAAAGGCCGAGAUGAAGUUCUUGCUCCUCUAGCUUUGAGUUACUAUGAUUUGCCUCCGACGCUCAGACAAUGCUUUCAGUUCUGUUCAGUAUUUCCUCAGGAUUACGAAAUGGAGAAGGAAGAACUGAUUAAGUUGUGGAUAUCACAGGGUUUUCUCAAAGCAACAACGAACCAAGAUAUGGAGAAGGUUGGCGAAGAGUACUUUCAAAUUUUGGUUACGCGCUCAUUGUUACAAGAUGUGGAAAAUGAGUGGCAGUUGGGCGAGGAAAGAACAUUAUGCAAGAUGCAUGAUUUGGUUCAUGAUUUUGCUCGGCUCACAACUAAGAACGAAUGCAUCAGCAUCCUGAAGCAAGAUAGCUCACUACUCUUGAUCAUCAAUGAGGUUCGUCAUUUGAUGGUAAGCGACUUGAGUAGCGAGGAAAUCAACAAACUCAUUUCCUCAAUCAUUUCUUCACGCUUCUCUUCAACAAAGCGCAAUCAUUAUCUGCGUAGCUUCACCAUGAGAAAUGGAAGUGCUAUUGAACCUGAAGUAUAUGCUCAUUUGCGAGGUAUAAGAUCGUUAAUCCUCAAUUAUUGUGAUCUGGAAGAAAUCCCGUCGACAAUCAACCAACUGAUUCAUUUGAGGCAUUUGGAUUUGUCCAAUAACCGACACUUGAUGGAUUUGCCUGAAGAAAUAUGCGAGUUGUAUAAUCUUGAGAGUCUACUCCUCAAUCACAACGAGAAUUUGCGGAUGUUCCCCAGUGGAAUGGGGAAUAAGCUAGUCAACUUAAAGCAUCUUGAAAAUUACGAGGUGCCAGCGGUGCUCCCAAAAUCAAUGACCAGGUUAGGCAAUUCCCUAAAGAAAUUAACCACAUUCAAUGUAGUUUACGACCAGGAGGCUGAUACAGAGGGAGCUACUAAUACUGGGGAUCUAGAGUGCAUGAAUCAAAUUCAAGGAUCCCUUACAAUUACAAGGUUAAGUAAAGUAACAAACUGUGAGGAGGUGGAGCGUGCAGAGCUCGCCAAAAAAGAAUCUCUGACUCGUUUAAGUCUGGAAUUCGACUCCAGUGAAUAUGGAGACAGCGACAAGGAAGAACAAGUGCUCGAAGCCAUAAGACCACCAUCAAGCUUGGAAAGACUAUACAUAGGAGAGUACAGGGGAGGAAGCAUAUUCCCUAGCUGGUUACUGUCACUCUCCAACUUAACAUCCCUAGCAUUUCAUGGAUGCCAUGAAGUGGAGCAUCUGCCCCCGUUUGGCGCCCUGCCAUCCCUCGAAGAGCUUCGCCUGGGUAACAUGUUUUACGUGAACAAGGUUGGCCUUGAGUUCUUGCUGGGGACUAGUGUGAUACAGCAGCUGCGGAUGGGUAACAAUGAAGGUGAUAUUAUUGCGUUCCCUAAGCUCACGCGGCUUAGUUUUUCGCGGAUGGAGAAUUGGGAAGUGUGGGAUUUAGAGCUUGAUGAUCAGGAAGGGAUGAUCAGCUUGACGACAGUCAUGCCCCGCCUGCGUUCCUUAGAGUUGGAAUGGUGCGAGAAGCUCGUGAAGUUGCCGGAUGUGCUUCUCCGGAAAAUCACUCUGCAGGAGCUGAUAAUAAACGACAGUGGCGGGUUGGGGAGUUACAGGUUCGACCCCAGGGAUCCCAAAAUGAUGCCGAAUGACGUCUGGGACAAAAUUUCUCACAUCCCCACCAUUUUUCUCGAUUACGAGGACAUCCGCAAGACAUUCGAGAGCGAGAUAGAAGCCAUGUCGGGAAUCGGCUGCUCUUACAGCAAACCGCAAGAGGAAGAAGCAGGAGAUGAUGAUGAUGACCACCAUGACGACGAAAAACGUUUGAUGUGAGCAUGAGCAACGCACUCGUUCUUCGGCCGAUCGCCUCCCCUGGGUCCAAUCAUUUCGCCCAUCUCCGCCAAUAGCUUGUGACCUGCACCCGGAUGCCCUUCAUUUAUCAUUUUAUAGCGCAGCUUUCAGCUUCCGCUUGAAACUCCGAUAAUAUUUGCUUGAACAGUUUACAACAACAGUAGGAGUUUGCAAACAGAACCUCUCUCUGGAGGAGGAAGUCUGUAUGUUGUACGCUGUGUUUUGUGUCCGUGUGCUUUCUGAAGUUUUGCCAAAACUGCCUAUUUAGUGGCAUAACAAAUUCUCUUUCUUCGUCAGUAGCAUCCUGCGUGCAUGUUUUCAGAACAGGAAUCAUCAUCUUUUGAAUUUGAUAGCGGCAGCCAUUAAUGUAUUGCGUCCGAUGUAAUUGUGAAAAUACGUUAUUAAGUAUUAUCUAAUAUCUGUAUUUGUCAAAAUGUAGCAACAUAUUAGACUAAUUUGAUGGCUUUGCAGAGAUGGACUGUUACUGGUACAUUACACCUGUCCAG